AUGACUGACGCCAUUCGUAAUACGGGGUAAAUUCAAAGUUCAUGUCAGAUUUGAAUACUAUAUCCUGGAAUCUUCCAGAUUUUUUGCCGGGAAAACCGUGUUUAUCUCCGGUGCCUCGCGUGGAAUCGGCAAGGAAAUCGCCCUGAAACUCGCCAAAGACGGCGCGAACAUUGUGAUCGCGGCCAAGACGGCCACUGCUCAUCCGAAGCUUCCGGGCACCAUUUACACUGCGGCCGCCGAAAUCGAGAAGGUAAGUGGCAAAAAUUUAAAUUUCUGAGUGGUUUUCCACGUUUUUCGUAAAAAACUGGAAGUUAAAUCGAUUUGGCUGAAAAUUCUUCAAAAUGAGCAAUUUUCAUUAUUUUUCUGCUCGAGCGCUCAAAAUGUGUGUAUUCACACGUGUUUUAAGUUUCCCUGGGUUGAUUUUGGUAUUUCCCGUCGAUAUUUUACGCAAAAACGACAAUUUUCUCAUUUCAGGCAGGCGGAAAAGCUCUUCCAUGUGUGGUGGACGUGCGCGAUGAAGCGGCUGUACAAGCCGCCGUCGACGCGGCCGUCCAAAAGUUCGGAGGAAUCGACAUUCUGAUCAACAACGCGUCGGCGAUCUCCCUGACGAACACGGAAGAGACGGACAUGAAGCGAUACGACCUGAUGCACUCGAUCAACACGCGCGGCACCUAUCUGCUCACCAAACUGUGUCUUCCGCAUUUGAAGAAGGGCAAGAACCCGCACGUGUUGAACAUCUCGCCGCCCCUUUUGAUGGAACCCAGAUGGUUCGGACAGCACGUUGGCUACACGAUGGCCAAGUUCGGAAUGUCGAUGUGUGUGCUCGGACAUCACGAAGAGUUCCGUCCGUAUGGAAUCGCCGUCAACGCGCUCUGGCCACUGACGAGCAUCUGGACGUCGGCGAUGGAAAUGCUCUCGCAGGGCGGCGGAGAAGCCGGCAACCGGAAAGCGACAAUCAUGGCGGACUCAGCCUACGCGAUUCUUUCAAAGGACUCGAAGAAGUUCACCGGCAACUUUCUGAUUGAUGAGGAGUUUUUGAGAGGCGUCGGAGUAACCGAUUUUAAGCAGUACGAGUGUGUCCCCGGAGCACCGCUCCUCCCCGAUUUCUUCAUUCCGAACGGCUCUUAUGAGCGAAGCGUCGGCUCAAAGUUGUGA